UCAACACUUUGUUUUGACUUUUAACAUUCACUGCCUGAGAGUUUGAGUUUUUUCCCAGGUACAUAUUUGAUUCAAACUGAUCUGAUAUUUCGUGAGUGAGUCCUGUCGGAAGAUGAGUCUUUUGUUACGAUCUCUGACCCGUGCCAGUGCGGCUCCAUGGACCCGAGCUUGCUUUUCCACAACAGCAGUCGUUUUGAAGGACCCCAUAAAACAAAAGGAGGCUCCCUUCAUAGAUGCCACUCUAGUCAUUGCCGAUGAAGAGCAACAACGCGAAAGGGAAAAACAAGCCAGUACUAUCACUGUUCCGGCGAAGGUGAACCUGUCCCCGAUCACUGGAGUACCGGAGGAGCACGUCAAGGAACGCCGUGUUCGUAUUUUCAUGCCGGCAAAAAAUGCCAUGCAGAGCGGUACCGACAACAUUCACCACUGGUGUAUCGAGUUUGAUAACCGUGAGCGCUGGGAAAAUCCCCUGAUGGGGUGGGCUUCAUCGGGUGAUCCACUAUCGAAUAUGCGCGUGGAAUUCGGCUCAACUGAUGAAGCUAUUGCUCACUGCGAAAAGAACGGAUGGAGAUGGUUUGUCGAUGCGCCGGAGGCACAAAAGAAAAGUCGUGUGAAGAAUUACGGAAUCAACUUUGCGUGGAACAAGCGUACCCGAGUUUCUACCAAGUAGUGGGCGUAAUUUCCUAGGAGGUGAGUUUACUAGAACUUAUUCGUGUACAGACCAAAUUUGAGAAGCUGGCGAUUGUGGCUUGACAGGAAUAAAACUCUUGUGAGAAGGUUGGAAA